CCCGACGACGACCGAAGAAAAGGCGGCCGUGAAAGAAGGCUUCCUUCGGCUCGGCGCCAUUCCGGGAGUGAUCGGCUGCAUCGACGGCACCCUCAUCGGCAUCAAGGCGCCCAAGGGACCCCGCAAGGCUUCGUUCAUGUGCAGGAAGCACUUCUACGCCCUCAACGUUAUGAUCAUCUGCGAUGCGGCGAUGCGGAUCCUGGCCAUCGACCCUAUGCGACCGGGGUCAGACCAUGACUCGUUUGUCUGGCAGACGACCUGGCUGCGCCGACGGUUCCUGGCGGGGCGCAUUGCAGAGCCAGGCGAAUACCUGCUUGGUGACAGUGGCUACCCAUUGGAGCCGUGGCUCCUCAUCCCGGUCUCUGGUGAUCCUUCCGAGCACAGUGCCGAAGGCAGGUUCAACGCUGAGCACAUCACCAUGCGCUCCAUUGUGGAGCGGUGCAUUGGCAUGCUUAAAGCCCGCUUCCGGUGCUUGCAGCGUUACCGCACCCUCCACCACGAGCCAGAGCGUGCUGCUGACAUUAUUGCAGCAUGUGCUUCCCUUCACAAUCUAUGCUUAGGUGAGGGUGCCACUGAGCCGGUUGAUGAGUUUGAAGGCAUUGAAGACUUUUUCAGCAGCAGCAGCAGCAGCACCAGCAGCGAAGAUUCUAACGGGUCCCCCAUCCAACAGGGUUUGACCCGAAACAGGGCCACAAGAAGCUAUUAUUUAAGAGGGCGCGCAGUACGGGACGGUGUCAUUGCGCGCUUUGGCACCACCCGUGAGCAGCACUACGAGUACUUGAGGAGGGUGCGCCGGCGGUUGCGACGCCAACAGCAUCGUUGGUAGAUGCGUAAUGCAGCAGUUGGAGUAGUGUGUAUUUAAGAGAUGUCAAAUAAUUGAUUUACACAUAUUAUUACUGCGUUGAUGUGUGACCUCUUUCAGGCAUGGUACAAGAAUUGUGAUGAAAAGAGAACAUAUGCAUUCUUGCAGAAAAGCCAGUGUAAAACAAAAGUAUGAACAUACACUGCACUGGAGCGUGGUCA